GGAGGAUGGCCUAUCUGUUGACCUUCGGCAUCGUGGCCGCCUUAUUCCUGGCCAGCAUCUCACUGUAUCGCUAUGGCAACAUACCACGUCAGCACAUCCUGGUCACCUUGUCCGUGCUUACCGCCUGGUGCUUCUCCUUCCUGAUUGUCUUCACCAUUCCACUGGACGUGACAUCGACACUUUACCGGCAGUGCGUGGAGGAGCACCGACCGACCCCACCACCAAAUGUCAACGCCACUCCGGCCGCCAAUGUGACCCCGCCGCCUCAGUGCCAGGAGCCGUGGGGCAUGGUCCCCGCCUCCGUGUUCCCCAACCUGUGGCGCAUUAUCUACUGGAGCUCGCAGUUCCUCACCUGGUUGAUCAUGCCGCUGAUGCAAUCCUAUCUGAAGGCGGGCGAUUUCACCGUCAAGGGCAAGCUGAAGUCGGCGCUGAUCGAGAACGCCAUCUACUACGGAUCCUACCUGUUCAUCUGCGGCGUACUCCUCAUCUAUAUUGCCGUGAAAGGGGAGUCGCUGGACUGGCAGAAACUGAAAGCUAUCGCCUCGUCGGCCUCAAACACCUGGGGCUUGUUUCUACUCAUCUUGUUGCUGGGCUAUGCUCUGGUGGAAGUUCCCCGCUCGCUGUGGAACAAUGCCAAGCCGGGAUUUGCGCUGCAAUACGCUUACUUCAAGGCGGCCAAACUGAGCACUGAGAAGGCGGAGGCCGAGGAGCACGUGGACGACAUUCUGGAGUCGCUGCAGGGGCUCAGCCGGGUCAUACCGAACAACCAUGAGCUGCGCCCCUGCCUGGAGACCAUCAUGCGGAAGGUCCCUAUCGAACUGCAGGAGCGGGCGAGCCGAAACUUUGCCCGAACCGGAGGUAGCGGAAUGGGCACCACCAGCUCCACUAUCUUGCCAUCGGAAAAGGCGCUGGUCCGGAUUCAUAAGCAAGUAAUCAAAUCCCUGCAGACGCUGCAGCGCACGGAAGCGCUGUGGAGCGUGCAGGUACAGACAGUGCUGCAUCUGGAGGAUGUGGCCAAAAACAUUCACUCCUCGGAACGGCGCUUCAAAUCGGAGUUCCCACGCCAGCGCACGCAGCUGGAGCGGAUAUGCUACAGUGCGACGCUGCAGUGGUACUGGGAGUGUCUGCUAAAGGCUCCGUUCCUCAAGACCAUGUGCAUCCUGACCGCCACCAUGUCCGCCAUGGUGGUUUGGAGCGAGCUUACCUUCUUCAGUCGACACCCUGUGCUUUCCAUUUUCGCCAACGUGAUCUACGUGGCCAAGGAAAGCUACGACUUCUUCACCAUUGAGGUCUUUUCAAUGGUGGUCCUUUGCUACUUCUUCUACUGUACUUACUCCACCAUAUUGAGGAUUCGAUUCCUGAAUCUGUACUAUCUGGCACCGCAUCACCAGACCAACGAGCACAGCUUGAUCUUCAGCGGCAUGCUACUUUGCCGUCUGACGCCGCCCAUGUGCCUCAACUUCCUGGGUCUUAUCCACAUGGACACACACAUUAUCCCCAAUCGUAUUAUGGAGACGGUCUACACUCAGAUCAUGGGCCACAUGGACGUUAUCGGCAUCAUCUCGAACGGCUUCAACAUCUACUUCCCCAUGUGCAUGCUGGCCUUCUGCCUGGCCACCUGGUUCAGCCUGGGCAGUCGGGCCUUGAAUGCCCUAGGCUUCCAGCAGUUUCUGCAAAACGAGACGAUUGCCACGGAGCUAGUGCAGGAGGGCAAGGAUCUGAUAGCGCGCGAGAAGCGGCGGCGACAGCGAGCCGAGGAGGCGAUUGCCAGGAGACGGGACUUCAACCGACCCGACCAGGUCCUGGGCAGCGACUACUUAAGCAAGUACCGGAGUGGAGGAGGUGUCCUGGCCAGCAGUCGGACUCCCGCGGACGGACUACUGCGCGAUGGCGACGGGAGCUUUGACUACGCGGCGGUGGCCUCCUCCUCGGCACUGGGCGUUCCACGAUCUCUGUCAGAGGAGAUCAACGACCGCUUUGGAGUCAGCACCCAAGUGCAAGUGGGUUUCCGGGACCCCGACUACGAGGCGGAGCAGGAUGGCCGCAUUGGGGGCCCGCCGCCGCGAGGACUCUUCGACGAUGUCUAGGCUCGAAAGAUGGAUAUUUCUUUAUUUCAACUCGUAACCGAGUAUCUCAAUGUCUGCAAUGUUCCGUAGUAUAUAUUUCGUUCGUGCUUAAGUAUUUUCCGCUGCCACUGCUGCUGCUGUUCCUUCACACCUAUGUACACCAUUCGAUUGAAUAAACCACUAGAAAGGA